GCAGCGGCUGCUCGGUGGGGACGUUUGCACAGCUGCCGUUGGCCGUUGUGUUCGUUGGCUGCGCUAUGCUGUAGCCGCGAUGGAGAAUCGGGUGGUCUCUCCUGGACCUUAUCGCGCCACCAAGCUGUGGAAUGAAGUUACUAAGUACUUUCGGAUACAAAUGCCACAAAAGAAACACAGACAACACUUUAGAAAAUAUGGAAAUUGUUUUACUGCAGCAGAAGCAGUCGACUGGCUUCAUGAAUUACUCAGGAAUAAUAUUAAUUUUGGUCCAGAAGUUACUAGGCAGCAAACUAUUCAGCUGUUAAGGAAAUUUCUUAAAAAUCAUGUGAUUGAGGACAUAAAAGGAAGAUGGGGUUCAGAAAAUCUGGAUGACAAUCAUAACUUGUACAGAUUUCCUUCAGCUUCCCCUGUUAAAAUUUUGCCACGUCGAUAUCCAUUGAAAGAAACCCUGCAUAACAUACCCAAAAAAACAGAAAGCAUGCUUAAAUUACCUCAGUAUUCCAAGAGAACUCCUAAAAAACAUGACCUUCAGGAAUGUCAGAACAACAAAGAAAAUCUGAAAUGUGAAGACGAUAAAAAAUGGAUAGCAAGUGGCAAGCAAAUAACUCAAGCAGAUAUAGAAGAAGUUUGGCGAAGCAUUGUUAUGAUACAUUUGCAAACUAUUUUAAGUAUAUCAUCCUUAGAAGACAUCUUGCAUCCAGCACAAAUAAUUCCUCGCUACAUAAUAUAUAACAUGACUAAUACAAGUAAACAUGGAGUUGUUCUUCUACAAGAUAAAUCAGAAGAUUUCCCUCACUGGGUAUUGUCAGCUAUGAAGUGUUUGGCAAACUGGCCUAGAUGUAAUGACCUGAGUCAGCCAACAUACACAGGUUUUGAGCGAGAUGUAUUCAAAACAGUUGCUGAUUAUUUUCUUAGUCUCCCUGAACCUUUGCUUACUUUUCAGUAUUAUGAAUUAUUUGUGAAGAUCUUAGUUUUGUGUGGCUACAUCACAAUUCCAAACAGAUCCAGUGGAAAUUUUGGUAUCCAGAAUGAUUUGGUAUGUUCAAAACCUUGUCAUUUAAACUCGUUCAAGUCAACCGAAUGUCUUCUGCUAAGUUUGCUUCAGCAUGAUACUGACAAAGAAGAUGAGACUUCUGCUAAAAGUUCUAAAAGGUGUACAAAUGAAAUAGGAUGCAGUAUGAAUUUACAGCACCGUAACGUAACUUAUAAAGGUGGCAUCAUUUGUGUACAAAAAGGUGGCAGUUGUCAGAAUCUUUCACAACUGAAAAAUGAACAAGCUCUGCCUCUGAGGCUUAAGGCAAGAUGUCACUCUUUGGAGGGAAUUGCAGAUACAACCUCAAGCGAUUGUAGUAAGGAUGAAUUUAAACAAUUUUCUCAAGCCAGAAUUCAUAUUGUGCCAUUGACAAGUAAUGAGAAUAAACUGUUGCACUGUGAAAGUAAACCAGUCUCUUCAUUGGAUCUAUGUUUGGAUAACAUUACUGAAAAACAGACUCAUGGCUCCAAGGAAGUUCCUGCAUCAAGUUUUCCUGACCAAGAGCAAUGUAGUAGUAACCCAAAAUCAAAACAACUUUGCAGGUCUCAGAGUUUACGUGGAAUUAAAAACUCCAGUUGGUGUGGCAUACAUGCUCCGGUUGCAGAAAUUACAGUAAAACCACGUCCAGCAAACUUUGGUUCUAAAACUCAAAGCACUAGCCGACUGCCUGUUAAAACAGGAAGUAAAUCUGUGGGUUCUGAUAUGGCCAUCAAUAAAAGAUUCCACAAAAGUGCAACACAGCUUUCAGAAUACAUGUUUUCUCCCAGCUUCUUUAUGCUGACUGGCAGAUCACAUGUGUUGCAACCUCAUUCAGAAAGAGUUGCAAUUGAAGCUCUGCAGAUUUGUUGCCUAUUGCUUCCACCACCAAAUCGCAGAAAACUUCAACUUUUAAUGCGCAUGAUUUCUCGGAUGAGUGAAAACGUUGAUAUGCCACGACUUCAUGAUUCAGUAGGCACCAGGUCUUUGAUGAUACAGACGUUUUCUCGUUGUAUACUGUGCUGUGAGGAAGAAGUGGAUCUAGAUGAAUGGCUUGCCAUAAGAUUAGUUUCCUUUCUAAUGGAUCACCAACAGGAAAUUUUAGAAGUUCCUAUAUAUUUACAAGUAGCAGUACAAGAGCACAUUGAAACAUUAAAAACUACUCAGUUGGAAUGUCUUGAAGAAGAACUGAGCACCAUAUUUCCAAGUUAUUCCUAUUGCAUGAGGAUUACAUCUCGGGAAUUUGAUGAACAGAAGAUUUCUGUAUCUCAGGCAGCAAUAGCUGAACUUUUGGAAAAUAUUAUUAAGGACAGAAAUUUAUCUCUGAAAGAGAAGAAGAAAAAACUUAAACAGUUCCAGAAGGAAUAUCCAGAGAUUUAUCGGAGCAGAUUUCCAACUUCAGAAAGUGAAGCCAUCUUCUUUGAUCACAAGCCUACAAUUAAAAAGCCAAUGCUUAACUUGCGAAAGUCCAAGCAUUUUAGCAUGAAAAGUUAAUCUGUACCUCAGUUAUAUAUUUAUAAAGAAAGUUUUUGAAUGUGAACAUUAGAAAUCUUUCAGUAAGCAUAUUCAUGCAAAUAUGGAUUUUAUGAAAAUUUCAUCACAAAUCCUGAAGACUGUAUUUUAUAAAUGCCAUUGUUUACAAAUUAAUUCCAAAAUUGUAAAUAGUUCCAAUUUUUUCAUGAACAGGCUUAAUGAGAUACACUUAAUAUUGUUAUAUUAAAUAUACCAAUAGCAAAUAAAUAUAGUAGUAGCAGUUAUAAAUACAAACAUGUGUCGUAACUCUUUGCACUGUUUUUAAAAGAAACAUACUGUAGUUUGAAUACCACAAUACUGUAUUAAUGUUGAUCUUCACUAUGUAAUCUAUUUAUAUAUUGUAUGUGUUAAUGCUCAGUUAAGUAACACAGCUGAGAAUAGUGAGCAUGGAACAUGGCCAUAAAAGUAAUGAUUGCCAGCCUCACUUUUAUUGUACAAAUUGAACUCUUGGUUACAAAAAGUGAACAAUAUUGCUUAUACAGCCAUAAAGCAAUAAUUCAUUCAUUCUUUCUAAUAGUUUGAAAUUGUAAUUAAUUGUCCUCUAUUGUCUAUAUGUGCUCACAUUUUUGUUAUGCUUAAGUUGGUUGUAGUUCACUUUUUAUGUUGCUUUAGUAGAAUUGGAUUGCCCAGAUUCUGUUCCCCAUCUUACUCCUGUUUGCGUUUUCCUUCUAAGUAUUUUCUAUUUAUGACAUAUAUUUGCCAAUAUCUGAUUAAGAAUCUCUGAAAAGAUUGUUUAAUGAAACCUGUAUAAAUACUGGUAAUUUAGUUAUAUUAUGUAUAAAAUAAUGUUUUGGAAAAGACAUUACUGUACAUAUGCAGAUCUGAAUUUUAAAUGGAGGAAUUUAAAAGACAUUGUUUCAUUUACUUUCUAUGUUCCACUAUGUGAACCAUUUCUAAUGUAAACAAGUUUUCCAAUGAGCUUUGAGUCCUCUAAAAGGAGCAGAAAUAUUAUAUUCUGUUUUCUAACUAUAAGAAUAAAGAAAGGACCUU